AUGAAAAAUGUAUUUUUUAAAAUGAGGAUCGCGAAAACAAUAGAAAUCGACACGAUUGCCAUCGAAUUUCCCGUGCAUUUUCCAUGUCAAAACAAUUCUGCAUUAUUUUUUGGCUUCUUUAUUGAAGAUAAGCAGCGUGUUUGUUUAUCGUGGAAAAUCGUGGAUCAUUCACCAUGA